AUGUCACACUCACAGGUUGACCCAUAUUCAAUGAUGAUUAUUUCAAAAUACUUUGCUACAAUUGAUGACUUCAAAAAUAUCCAAAUGGUAAACAAAAAAUAUUCAAAUUUAAUGUCAAAGUUUCAUUAUAACCCAGUUUCAUUAACAGUAAAAACAAGAAAGUAUUUUCCUAAACUUCAAACCCUCUGUUUAUACAAUAGAAAAGAUGAGUUAUUUAAUGACAGAAGAAUUAAAACAAUAAAAAUCUAUUAUGAAGUAUCAUAUGAAGAGUGUAAUAGAAAAGUAAAAGAUAAUGUUCAUUAUUGUCAUGUUUAUUAUUCAUCAAGAGAUUUAGACACUUUCGGUAAGAAUAUACCAACAAAAGUAUGUGAAAUAAAAGAGUAUUGUUUUUCUGGAUUUGAUUUAAAAAAAAAUUGUUUGAUUAUACCAACAAAUAUAACUUCAUUAAAACCAAGUAGUUUUUCAGAUUGUUUAAAUUUAACUCAUAUCUCUAUACCAUCUUCUGUUGUAUCAAUUGGAAGACAAUGUUUUAUUAAUUGUUAUGAAUUAGAAUCUAUUUCAUUACCUCCAUCAGUUUCUUUUUUAGGUUCUGAUUGUUUUUCUGAUUGUUACAAUCUUACAGGAGUAACUAUUUCAUCAUCUAUAGAUCGACUUGGGUCAUAUAUAUUUUGGGAUUGUUAUAACUUAAAAGAAUUGGAAAUUCCUAAUGUCUUAAUAACAGUAAACCAAAAAGUGUUAUUUGGAGAUAUAGUAUUAAAUGGACUUUUACUUCCUAAGUCAGUUAAACGCCUAAAUAAACAUAAUUUUAUUACUCAAACUUCACUUACUUCUUUUGAAAUUCCAAACUCAUUUACAGGAAUUGGUACUUAUUGUUUUUCAGACUGUACAAACUUAACUCAACUAUCAAUUCCUUCUACUAUUUGUUAUUUUGGUCAGUCAUGUUUUAAAGGAUGUUCUUCUCAUUUAAAAAUUAUUGGAAAUGUUCCACAAAACAUAUUUAUUUAG